UUUAGAUGAUAUUUUCUUCACCUGAUUUGAUCGAAAUAAAUUCUGAUUUAAUUUGAUCUGAAUAUUGUUAUAUUUAUUUUUUUUUAAUGAGUUUUAAUUCAAAUAAAAAUAAAUAAUAAGUUACUUUCUUAAAAAUAACUUGGGAAGAAUAUAAAUAACAUUAAUCUUUCCACUUUCUAUCUCCAUUGCUAAUUGCAAGUGAGGAAAUGGCUUUGCUCACUUCACUCUCCCUUCCCCGCACCAUUACGCCGCAAUCUUCUACGCAUAUUAACGAUGACGUCAAACUCCGGCGGUCGUCUUUUUCAUCCUCCGGCAGCCGCCCCACUUCUCGGCAACUUCUUCUCUCCGAUAAGUAUUUGAACUUUCAAAAGCGGUUUGUGGUUUGUGCGAGAAGAUUGAAGGGUUUGGAAGAGGCAUUAAGAAUCCAAAGGGAGCGUGAGCUUGCUAGUAACCCUAGCAGGAGGCGGCUACCUUUAAAGAGAGGACGGGUGUCGCCCCAGCUUUUUGUUCCUGAUCACAUAACGAAGCCUCCUUAUGUGGGCUCAAGAGAAUUGCCAGAAAUCUCAAGUCAACAUCAAAUCCAUGAUGCCGAAGGAAUUUCUCGAAUGAAAGCUGCAGGUGAGCUUGCUGCCCGGGUGCUCGAGUUUGCAGGAACGUUGGUUAGGCCACUAGUAACAACAAAUGAAAUAGAUAAAGCUGUACACCAAAUGAUUAUUGAUGCUGGUGCUUAUCCAUCUCCUCUGGGCUAUGGGGGUUUUCCUAAAAGUGUCUGUACUUCUGUCAACGAGUGUAUGUGCCAUGGAAUACCAGACUCUCGGCAGCUACGGGAUGGUGACAUAAUAAACAUUGACGUAACGGUAUACUUGAAUGGUUAUCAUGGAGACACAUCCAAAACCUUCCUUUGUGGCAAUGUUAGUGAGCCCAUGAAACGCCUUGUCAAGGUUACGGAGGAGUGCUUGUAUAGAGGAAUUGCUGUUUGUCGAGAUGGUGCCCUGUUUAGGAAAAUCGGGAAGAGAAUAAGUGAACAUGCAGAAAAAUUCAAUUACGGUGUGGUGGAUCGUUUUGUUGGACAUGGAAUCGGGACCGUAUUUCACUCUGAACCACUCAUAUUCCAUCACCGUAAUGACAAGUCCGGUAGCAUGGUUGAGGGGCAAACAUUUACCAUUGAACCAAUUCUGACAUUAGGAAGAACGGAAUGUGUGACCUGGGAAGAUAACUGGACAACUCUAACAGCCGAUGGUAGCCCCGCUGCGCAAUUUGAGCACACAAUUCUGAUCACAAAGACUGGCGCUGAAAUAUUAACUAAAUGCUGACUAUAACCUCGGUUAGAACUUAGAACAAAGUCUUUACAUAUUGCUUUUCUGUAUUUUUGUUCUUAUAUAUACAUAUUCUCGGCUAAGGGAAGCGUUUUCGAAUGUAAGAUAAAAUGAUCCCAUUUGCAAAAGUUGUUCUUCUUAUGCUCCUUAUGUACAUUCACCACUGCAAAGGAAGCUCUGAAAGUGCUCCAAAAAUGCAGUGGCACUAUUGGCCAGUGUCAACGAACCGUGUCCUUCAUUUAAAUAUUUAAUGAAAAUUAUGUUCUCAG